ACAGGUGGCAAUGGCACGCCCAAGUGGAAAAUAGUGGAUGCACCGUACCGCCCGGUCCGUCCGUGUGGCAGCACAGCAGGCAAUAAUAACCAAACUGAUACCGGCAGCUACCGCACCUUCCUUUUGUUUUUCCAUCCAUCCAUCCAGAUAACCACCAUAACCACCUCCAUUUCCUCCCUCCCUCUCUCACUCACUGCCUUCCCUUGUACUCCACACUCUCCUCUCUCUCUCUCUAUACAUACUUAACAAUGUGGCCAUGGCGACCAAACGAAGGCAGGCCAGGCACCACCAUUCUGCAGUUGCGUCCAUCUCUCACAGCUCUCUCUCUCUCUUUCCCUGAGCAUUUUCUAGUGUGUUUCUGGCAACGAUGACACCGAUCUCCGAGCAGCAGCCCAGCAGCAAGGAGGUGCAAGGAGGACAGGCUGCUGCUGCUGCUGCUGAAACGAGUUAUUUCAGAUCAGCUCCAGUUCUUCCUGCAGGCGCGAUGCAGGACGAGGAAUCGACAUUCGGGAAGGCGAAGAGCGCGGACCAGGAGGAGAGGCAGCAGGCGGCGAGGCGCGACUUCCUCGCGGGGAUCCGGAAGCUCAUCAAGAGCUUCAAGAGCCUGUCCCACAUCUUCGAGGUGUACAAGGAGGACGACGAGGACGAGGACGAGGACAGCAUGAACAUAGAGAUCGGGUUCCCCACGGACGUGCAGCAUGUGGCACACAUCGGCCUGGACGGGUCCAGCAGCAUGUCGAGCCUGAGGGGCCUGCAGGAGGAGGCCAGGGAGCUGCUCUCCAUGUCCAGCCUCACCAUGGAGCAGUUCGAGUUCGCCAUGGCCUCACUGGCUGCUCACAAGGACCCCAAAAUGGUGGUAGAUAGAGUUGCCCCCAAUUAGUUUACUAGGAUGCCAUAAUAUAUAUAGUUUAUGCUUGUGAUCAUGGGUUAAUUUGUGCUGUAAUUCUCUUGCGUACUCUUUUUUUUUUGUAUUUUGAUGCUCUUAUUUUUGUUCUCUUUAAUUUGUUCAUGCCCUGUGCUACUUUGUAUGGAGUUCAGAAUUUUGCUUGA